AUGGCAUCGGACUUUCCCCACGCACUGGCUGGGCCGUCGUCUAAGGAGAGAAAGUAUGAUCGUCAGCUGCGGCUCUGGGCUGCCAGUGGACAGCAAGCUCUGGAAGAAUCGCGGGUGCUUUUGGUCAAUUCUGACGGGCCGUGGGGAAACAAGAGCACGGGUGUGUCGGGCGUAGUCGGCGUCGAAACGCUUAAGAAUCUCGUCUUGCCAGGCAUCGGAGGCUUCACGAUCGUCGACCCUGCUGUUGUGACCGAGCCAGAUCUUGGGGUCAACUUCUUCCUGGAGAACGAGAGUCUAGGCAAGUCAAGAGCUGAAGAGACAUGCCGGCUGUUGACAGAAUUGAAUCCUGACGUAGAGGGAAACUUCCAAGCUAAGCCUAUUGCGGAGGUAAUCCAGGAAGACCCUGGGUUCCUGGCGCGACAUAAACUUGUUUUGGUCUCUGGACCCAUAAAGCAAUCAUCCUUGCGGACCCUUUGCGAGGGUGCCAAAACGCUAGGGAUUCCAGUUCUCUAUACGCGGUCUGUUGGGUUCUAUUCCACAUUUUCUCUUCAGCUCCCCGCUGUGUUCCCAAUUGUAGAGACGCACCCAGAUCCAGAGUCAACGCAGGACCUUCGUCUUCUCAGCCCUUGGCCGGAGUUGGCUGCGGCUGCUGGUGGCAUUAGCAAUCUGGACAGCUUCGACGAUCAUCAGCACGGUCACGUCCCAUACGUAUUAUUACUUCUCCACUACCUAGAGAAGUGGAGGGAAAGUCAUGAUGGAAAUGCGCCAUCAAACUAUAAAGAGAAAACAGCAUUCAGAGACUUCGUGCGGUCUAGCGCAAGAGCGAACAUCCCCCAAGGAGGUGAAGAGAAUUACGAUGAAGCCGUCGCAGCCGUUCUAAAGGCACUCAACCCAUUCAGUCUGCGCAGUUCCACCAGGGAAAUAUUCCAGAUGGAGGAAUGCAAGCAGUUGACCGCGGACUCUGCUGACUUCUGGGUCAUUGCAUCGGCCGUUCGCGAGUUCUACGAAACACAUCAAGUCCUUCCUCUUCCUGGGUCACUGCCUGACAUGAAAGCGCAGUCAGCCGACUAUGUCUCACUGCAGAACAUUUACAAAUCAAAAGCGAGAAAAGAUAUAGCGGAAGUUACCGAGACCAUUAGAAGGAUCGAAUCCCAGUUGGGCCGCACCUUCGGAGCUCCCGACAAGGAUAUUGAAUUAUUCUGCAAAAACGCUUCUCAUAUACAGGUUAUUCGUGGACGCGAUAUUCCACAGGUGGAUGGAGAUGCGCACACUAAGAAGCGUCUUCGAGUCGAGCUUGACAACGAUGAAUCUCUUAUUCCUGUUCAUCUAGCAUUUCAAGUGUUGGACAUCGUGGUGACGGGGAUUCAGGAGGGGAAAUACCCCGAAGAUUCCCUGGACGACGAAGCAAUUUGGUCUGUCGAGAUUGAUCGUAUUCUCGCUGGCAUUGCAUCGGACGCGCCUAUCGACGACGAAGUCCGAACUCGUCUCCUUGAAGCCGCACAGGAGCUGCGGAGAACGGAGGGUGGCGAACUGCACAACAUUUCCUCCCUUACUGGUGGCUUAGUAGCACAGGAAGCCCUCAAAGUGCUCACGAGACAAUAUGUACCCUUGGAUAAUACAUGCAUCUUCAACGGCAUCCGCAGCAGCAGCGCCAUGUACAAGCUAUGA